UUUAGUUUCCGCUAGCCAAUGCCAACGGUGCUGUCUGUAGAACUUCCUGGUUUGUUUUGUUUUCCUGCGUUGAAUAUGGCUGCAGAAGGAGAUUUUCUGGCAAGAUAUCGAGCCGUGUCCAAUAAACUUAAAAAACGCUUUCUCCGGAAGCCCAAUGUGGCAGAGGCGAGUGAGCAGUUUGGUCAGUUGGCAAAGGAGCUGAAGCAGCAGGACUGCCUUCAGUAUGCUGCCUUCUGUAACCUGGCCAUGGCUCGGUGUGAGCAGACUCUCUUCAACGCUCCCGGAGAAGCCCUGGCUCUAACCGACGCUGCUCGCCUCUUUCUCACGUCCGAGAAGGAGAACAGAGCCCUGCAGGCGCCGGGCUUCGACGAGCACCUGCAGGCCGCGCUCAACUGCUACAGCUUCGCCAUCAAGGUGUACAUUGAGAUGAACCAGCCCGUGAUGGCAGCCAGCCUGUGUUUGGAACUUGGCAACGCACUCAAGGAGAUGAACAGACCGGGAGAAGCCAUCGUCCACUUCCAGAGGGCCGCAGAGCUGCAGACACAGACGUCAACAGAGGCCUUACUGUCCAUGGGGGAAAUGGCCACCUGUAAAAUUCUCACUCGCGACUACGACGGUGCUCUGUCGGUGUUCACAGAGAUGCAACUGAUGUGUCAGGAGAGAAGCCUGCACCUCCCAGGCACCACCACCCCCGUCGGUGCAUUUAUGGACAUUGUGGCAAAAUGCGAGAUAUCCAGAGUACUCCUGCUGAUGUUGCUGGAGCCCCCGCCUCAGAAGUUGCUACCUGAGCACGCCCAGACGCUGGAGAGAUACGCAUGGGAGUCCUUUGACCCUCACAGUCAAGUGACCUUCCUGCCCGAGAACGUGUUCCUGCUCCUGCAGUCCGUGGUGAUGGCCUGUCAGGAGAAAGACACCGAGUCCCUCAAGUCUCUCCAAACUGAGCUGUGGCCAUUCCUGACAGCUGAGCAGAAUCAUCUCCUCCACCUGGUGGUUCAAGAGCGAAUAACACCGUCUGGUCAAGGCAUUUAGCACAGUCCAUUUCUUACUCACUUCCUCUGGGAACAAUAAUUUAUAUCAUGGAACAUUCUUGCUUCUGACUGGGUCUGUUGUAGGGCCCGAAGAAGGGUUGCUUUCAAGACUUUAGGCGUCGUAACUUGCACUCAGAGAGCACUGUACCCAAAACUAUGCCCUUACUCAGUCAGCUCCAAAAUCAAGCUGCAUUUUCUUGACGUCAUGUACGUUACAGCCUAAUCUGAGCCCCCCGGGCCCCCCCCCAGGCCAAGUCUAUAAAACUGGAUCACGUUGCGUAUUUAUUGUGUAAAUGUCUUGCUGAAUAAAAAGAUACGUGAACCCUC